CUUAUGGCCUUUUGGGGUCGCUUGUUGUGCCUUCUUUCCGGCCCCAAUCUCACGAUGACGGGGCACCAAGAGCACAACAAUCGGAAGCAAAUGGCCGAACCAAUGCCCAACACCACCAUCGUCCCCAGCCUUGUCGGUUGUUAUGUUUGUGUGGCCUGCUUAGUAGCUGGCCCCGUCAGCAAAGCCAUCCCCCAGAUUCUUGGUGGUGGUCGAUCUGUUGCCAUUGGACAGGCCCACCGUCAUCCGUUGCGGCGGGCGGGUAUAAUGUCUUGAAAAUGCUCUGUUGUAUUCCCUCCUUCCAAUAUCUUUCGAGCUCUUCGCUGGCUGGAUCUUGAGAAUUUGGGUGAGCUGUUGAUUGACAGCUUCUGCACGGUUGCCACCAUGUCUGUCACAUACCCUGGGUGGAAUGCAGACGACAUCAGUGACGCUGCAAGGGCGAUUCACACUCUGCUAAAGAACGUGGAGCCGCGCAAAGGUGCCAAACGGAAACACAGAGAGCAAUUGCAGUAUUUACGACACUACCUGCUUCCAAAACUUCGUCUGAUUGGGGGCUAUGUCAAAGACAUUGAGGAGAGCGACGACUAUCCGCGCAAGGCAGAGUGGGAGGCUGAUCUGACCGCUCUGGAACAGGCCUGGCACAAGUUCGAAGACUAUCUCAUCAGCCGGCAAGCGCUCCUGCCUGGGAGCCCCAACCUCGACGGCGUGAAGGACGACCUCGCUUGGACUUGGGAUGAGCUCUCUGGAAAAAUCGAAGAGAUCAGGCUAACAGCCAGGGAUGUCUUGGACGACGUCGACAGACUCAUCCUGCUUGAGAUAUGCGACAGGUUUGGCCUCGUACUGCCGAGGCUGGACACCAUGGUUGACAAGAUUGAGAGCUACGGCGAAUGUGUGUCGACGUACCGCAAAGACGUCCAAGAAGUGCUGUACACGAUCCGGUCCAACAGGCAAGAUCUCGAGUCGCUGAACAACCUCAUGGACGGAAGCAUGGCCGACCUCGCCCGGAAGAUCACCGACAGCCAGAGCGAAACCGAAGCCAUCAAGUCGCAACUGGAAGCCACAUCGGAAAAGCUGGAUCACCUGCUCGCCCAACUCGCCGAACAGCGGAGGAACUGCACGACCAAGACCGACAGGAAGUACCUGGACCAGCUGCGCAAGGAAGUCAAGAAGCAAUCCGCCUCCGUAGCGCAUCUGAGGACCUCGGUUGACGAGAACACGGGCGUCAUGGCCGAGUUCUUGCGCGCCCUGGAGAAACUGGAUGUCAGGAGGGGCAUCUCGCAGUGUGCCUCCGGUGCGCUCACCGACAUGAGCGAAAUGCUGAGCAAGACGGUGUCCUCACUCGAGAGACUCUGCGACAGCCUCAAGCGGCAGACCUCCAACCUCCUGUUCAAGAAGGCAAGGUUCUGGAGACGGGCGAAGUCGACAGACGAGAUCCCUUCUCCCGCCGAUCACGACGGUGGCGAGUCAAACAAGAGCCCAUCGGAGUCUGAGGAGGUGUCUUCGAGUGCAACGAGUGCUGAGGACGGUAGCGACUCUGCGAACUCCAGCACACGAGUCGAGACUUCGCCUGCCGCUUCGGAAGAAAACCCCGAUGCCGCUCCUCUGACAGAGACCACCGCCAUUUCUACAUCCAUGGUCGUGGCCCUGCCAGCUCCUCUCGGCGACGCGAAGUCCGCAGGAAUCUCCAUUCGAGACCUGACCAUCCUCCUCGCCGCGUCGCCCGAAGAAGCAGCAGAAGCCGCAGCCGCCGCCGCCGCCGCCAUCACAGACACCUUUUCGACCUCUCCGCCUCCUCUCCCGCGCAGAUCGUCCGCCCGGAAAUCCUACCAGUACGUGCUCCGCACGCGGUCCCAGCGCCAGAGCCAGGCCCUCUCCUUCCGGGCGAUCGCAGGGCCCACGACUCCCGCAGCGCACACAGCGGCAACGACGGGACUGUUCCCGUCGGCGCAACACUCGACGUCGUCGUCGUGGUCGUCCAUGUCUCUGGCGCUGUCCUCGUCCGAGGUGGACUCGCCGUGUCCGAUCUUCUCGGCGCCGUCGUCGUUGCCGUCCCCGCCCUCGUCCGUCUAUGAGGAUUCGAUCGGGGAUUUCACGCCCUCGUAUCCCGCUGCCGCGGUGCAUGUUGCUGCUCCUGCAGAGGCGUUGUCGCUACUGGCUCAGCUUGAGAAGCGGUACAGCUUGACGGUCGUGUCGGCGUGCACAUAGCCGAGCUUUGGGGACCCUUCACGACCCGAACACGAUGAUAUACUGCCACUGGGGCGCAAUAGUUUGGUAGAGGGGUGUUUUGUAGACCAGUUGUUCAUUUCACUACCCUUCGGGUUCGUUGCUCUGGCUCCAUCGCCUUGAAUUGCAGAGCUUCAUAUGCGCAUUACAAGAGGAUAUCCGCUAUUUGGACUGGGAGUUUGAGGGGCGUAAUACUGGGCAGGUGCUGUGGCCGUGUAGGGCUGCUUGCAGAGAUAACAUUCUCUUGUCUACCUAAUUGGAAAUGACUCGUCUUCUCACAGUGGUUUUCUCAUAAGGAGCUU